UUCGAUACAACAAGGAUUUAUCAGUGACAGGUUGAACACGCAAGUCGAUAUUUGAUAUAUCAGAUUUUAAUCUUGUAUCUCCCGACACAAGGAAAACCUGGAAAAAUAUUUCCGUAUCGUCAGUUUCUUGGAGCUUUCACAAGUGACUUGUUGAUAUUUUGUCGGGUCAGCUCCCGUACAUCAUAACCCCAAAGCUGAGACUGUUCAGACCAGAAUGGCCCUGUGUCACGAGAAUAGUGCCGCGAUGUUCGCUUCCAGACCCUCGCCAAACACAUACAGCUACCCAAGUUUUGGGUACCCUACCCAGGGAGGGUACGGUCAGGAAUAUGGACAGUACGCUAUGACCGACCCUAGCGCUCUUCAACAGUCGUGGAUGUACGGCAGCGCACCCCGUCCUGCACAUGGAGGGAUGGACGACUGGGGUCAGGCCUACACUGUCCCCACAACCACGACCGCCACCCUUCAACAGGGACCCUACAACUUCUCCUACCGUACCCACGAGACGGGAUACCCCCAACCAGUCGUCACACAGGCGGACAGUCCACACCUUACAGUCCUUGACAACCCUCACCCACAGGAUUCAUGUUCACCACCCGGCACCACAGCAAGCCUCAGUCCCGGGGGUGGCAACAAUGCCAAGCAGCUCCGAGCUCCCUUCGAAUGGAUGAAAUGUUCACAACAAGCCCCGGCUCCUGGUAAGACACGCACCAAAGACAAGUACCGAGUUGUGUACAGCGAUCACCAGCGUCUGGAACUGGAGAAAGAGUUCCACUACAGCCGUUACAUCACCAUACGCCGUAAAGCCGAGCUCGCCAACCAACUCCAACUGUCCGAGAGACAAGUCAAGAUCUGGUUCCAGAACCGUCGGGCCAAGGAAAGGAAACAGAACAAGAAGAAGGACAGCACUGACAAGCUCUCCCCUGACUCCCCCUCCGAGAUGUCCGGUAUCCCCCAACAGUACUCUCAGGUCUCCCCCACGAUGCCCAACCUCCCCCCUGUGACGUCACAGCAUCAGCUUCUCGUACCAUCACAUUCCAUGUAUGAAACGAAGCCAGAACACCAUUCACCAACCUCAUCCGUUCUCUCUAGUCACGUACAAGUUCCGGUCUCUAUGGCACAUGCGCAUUCACCACUUCCUGUGACCAAAUGUGAAAAUGACUAUUAGUUUGUGAGAAAGAAAUUGACUUUAUAACGAGAACAAAGGAGAUUUAUAGACAAUGCGACUCAUCCGUUUUACACCCGUAGUCUGCAAUAUGAGAUUUUAUUUACGGAGGUUAUGUGCAAAAGAACAUUCACUCUGUGUUGUGCAGUACGACUGUUGUGCUAGUGUCUGUAUGUGACUGUCAGCGAGGAAUGCAGCUAAAGUGAUUUCAAGGACACGUGGCCUUUUGUGAUUUGCGUUGUAUUUGUCCGGGGUACACAAAGUAUGUAAAUAAGAAACGAGACGUGCCCUCUGACUUCUGUAUAUAUAUAUUUUUUGUCACCAUGUCAAAUAUUUAUGAAAAAAGUUGAAAUUACAACUUUUAAUAUAAAAUACAAAUCUGAGAAA